CCAGUAGAGGCGAGAGUAGUGCAGUGCAGUGUGUUGUGUCUCCAGUGGAGGCGAGAGUAGUGCCGUGCAGUGCAGUGUGUUGUGUCUCCAGUGGAGGUCGCUGCUCUCACUGUUUUCAUCGCAGCAGCACUUUUAGAGGAAGAAAGCGGCCAGACGGCUCACACACACCGAGACCAACCCAAACCUCCAAAAACCACUUGAAUUUAUAUUUUAGAGCAAAAAUGACGACAGCACCAUAUAACUAUUCCUAUAUUUUCAAAUAUAUCAUUAUUGGUGACAUGGGGGUUGGAAAGUCAUGUUUACUCCACCAGUUCACAGAAAAGAAAUUUAUGGCGGACUGUCCUCAUACAAUUGGCGUUGAGUUUGGCACACGGAUAAUUGAAGUGAGUGGGCAGAAGGUGAAGCUUCAGAUUUGGGACACUGCAGGGCAGGAGAGAUUCCGCGCCGUCACACGCAGCUACUACAGAGGAGCCGCCGGGGCCCUCAUGGUGUAUGACAUCACCAGGCGAAGCACGUACAACCACCUCAGCAGCUGGUUGACUGAUGCUAGGAAUCUCACCAACCCCAAUACUGUGAUCAUUCUAAUUGGUAACAAAGCAGAUCUAGAAGCCCAGCGUGAUGUCACAUAUGAAGAGGCCAAGCAGUUUGCUGAAGAAAACGGUUUGUUAUUCCUGGAGGCAAGCGCAAAAACAGGCGAGAAUGUGGAGGAUGCAUUUCUUGAAGCCGCGAAGAAGAUCUACCAGAACAUUCAGGACGGCAGCCUGGACCUGAACGCGGCCGAGUCAGGGGUCCAGCAUAAGCCUACCGCUCCGCAGGGUGGGCGGCUCAACAGCGACACACAGCCUCAGAAGGAGGGCUGCAGCUGUUAAUGACCAUGAAGACUUCACUCUCUCUCUUUCUCUAUUCCUUCCUGUCCACCAUCCCCCCUCUAAAAGCCUCUCCCCUUCCGGUAUGAUUGCUCAUGGAGUCUGGGGCCAGAUUGCUCUGCGUGAUGAUGGAGGUGUAACAUAAUUCAUUCCCUCCUUACUGCUCUCUUCUUCGCCUUCUGCUGUGUCUUCCCUCACUUGUUUUGCUUGUUUCUCGUACGCACACAUCCCAGUGCUCCCAGCAAGCACUCGAGGGAGGACGGCUCCCCCGCUGAACACUAAUCCUGAAGAGAGAAGAUGAUUGUCGAUAAACUGAAGAAAUGCUGGGUUUAUCCUUAACAGACGUGAUUGUGCAUAACUAUAAACUAAACAUCUCAUGUACAGGAGCUGUCUGAAUACUAGCGUAAUGUAAAUGAAAUGGAAAUAUUGGCAAACAUUAUUUGUGUUGACAUCAUGUCAAGUGAUCAGGAGGAUAUGCAUCAACAUUGUAUGUAACAUUUUGUUAAAAAAAAUCUAAAACUGAAUAUUGUAUUCUGUUUUAAAUUAGAGGUUUUGCAGUUUCACAUCAAAUCACCAAAUAUUUAUCCCCGUUUGUACCUAUUCAGGAAAUAAUAUACAUGUACUAUACAAGAUUAGUAUUGUUUUGAGAAGAAUCUCAAUAGAAUCUCAAACAAACAAACAGUCGAUUCAGACACAGUUAUUUUAACUUAGUAACUGUUAUAGUAAUGUAUUGAAGAGGACAGGACGCAUUUUAGGUCCUGAAGAAUGUUUUCCGCACUUUGCAGUUUCGAUUUGUUUUUCCGAGGGCCUGGAGCUUGUUUUGUGAUACUGAGGUCUACAGUCUGUCAUACUACGAGGUUUCAGAUCCCCUUCGAUCUGUUCUUGAGCAUCUGUAAAUAUUUCAACAUCAAAGUAGCUUAAGAAAAACAUCGACAGGAGCAUCAUGUACCAAACGUUCAGGCCCUGCAAACCCUCAUAUCAAGAUAUUCAUAUUGUAUUUACAUAAUUUCAGUUGCCUUAUGAUAUGCUUUUGUUCAUUCUGAUAUUGCUGCCCGUUUUAUUCAUGAUCCUCAUAUAGCUUUUAUCGAAAGAAUUCCAGCGAUUUACUUGUAAUAAGAGAUUUUGCCUUUUCAAAAGCAUUCCAUUAAAUUGAUUUCCAAACACUGAUCAUGUUUUUGAGCUGAGCUGAGUUUCUUAAGCAUGAUGCACGACAACUGCUUUUUACAGACAUCAUGGUUUCCUCUAAUUCUAAUGGAGUAAAUAAUAUCUUGAAAUUAAUAAAUAUGUAACAGGCCACCACAGCAUGAGAAACAUCAUUGAGGGGAAACUAGGCCCAGAUCUGAUUUGUACAACCAGCAAUUGUUUCUUUUUCCAUUGAUGCACAUUUGCAAAGAACAGCUAAAAAGG